UUACACCACAUGUCUUCCUUUCCCUUUAAUCAAAUAAUCCCAUCUUGUUUUCUUCACAAAGUUUCCUUUUCCCAACAUGUAUUGUCAUGUCUGAAAAAACCCCAUCGAAUCUUGAUUUAUUUUAUUGUUUUCAACAUUUUUUGCUAACAUCUGAUCUGGGUUUUUCUUCUUUUUGCUAAAAGUUAUGGAUUUAGCUCAGAUUCAACCAGCUGGAAAUAGGGAAAUGGAGGAAAUGGAUUCCAGUACUGUUCCAAUCUUGGAAAACAAUUUCAAGAAAACACAUUUUCCUGGAAUGGUGAGACAGAAGUCUUACAUAUUUGAUGGUCAUGGAAAUUAUUACAACAAAGAAUGGGAUCUAAUUGAAGGUAAUGGCAAGCAGUUUUGUUGGUACCAUGUUGAGCUUCCUAAAGGGAAACAAAAGCUUUCUCAAUCUGCACAACAUCUCAUUGAUGUUCUUUGUCCGCCAUUAAAGCUUCAAGACAUUCUUUCACUUGUUAGUAAUGGACCCUUUUGUGGACAUGUUGAUGGAGCGCUUGUUUUUAGGGUUAAUUCACCUGGUCCUCCUUCUAGUAACUUCACAUUUAGGCUAGCUGCAAGGGUUACCGAGAACUCGGUGAUUACCGUGUCGUUAGGACGUGUACCGAGACUCGGUUUCUCGCCGGUCGGCCGAUCGCUUCUCUCUGAGAUCCCUAGUAUUGAAACUCCUAGAGGGGAGAGGCAACAAGGGAGUAGCAUUGUUAUUAGAGAACAUGUACUUGAGUUCUUAUUGACAAUGAAUCACUCCGAGGAGGCGGAUAAUCCGGUUCCGAAAUCCGUCUCGAACCUUGUGGUUCACGUUAUCGACACUCAUGUUGAUCAUCUUCAGGAUGUUGUUACUCAACUCGAGAUGGAGUUGGACUCGGUCGAACUCGAAUUGGAUCAAGGGGGAUUUGCUUUAAAGAAAGAGAUGCUCGAUGAUCGACGAUUCCCAAAAAUGCAUCUCAAUUUGCAACGUCUCCUGCAGGUAAUUGCGCAUGGUGAGCAAGUAUUUCCUCGAGUGAAGGAAAAAGGUAGUUCGAAACAUUGGUUUGCAAGUGAAGACAUUAACUCCCUCGAAGAGUUGAUCGGACGGUUGAGGAGGCUGAAAGAGAAUGUCGGGUUUCUAGCGAACCGUGUUACCGCGAUUCAAGCCGGUUUAGAUAGCUGGCAAUCAGAGCAAAUCAACCGAAAACUCUAUUAUCUCUCGUUCCUUUCUAUAAUAUUCCUUCCUUUAUCCACCAUCACUGGAGUGUUUGGAAUGAAUGUUGGUGGUGUUCCAUGGACCGUGCAAAAGGACCCUGCAUUGAAAGACGGUUUCCGAAACGUCAUGGUACUAUGUUUAGCGAUGCUGAUUCUAGUGCUGCUAUGCUUUAUUUUUCCGGCUCUUUAUUCCCGAUUGUCCGCCUGGCGUCAGAGACGGUCUUUGCUGAGAAACUGGUCGUAUAACCGGAGAUCGUUCCUCAGGAGAAGUGUAGGAAUUCAAGAAAGUGGCAGCGGCGGUUACCUCAAGAUUUGAUGAGUUUGAAGAAAGUCGAUGAUAUCAUCGUAUUUGUCAUCGGAUUAAAGCUUAAUCGAUGUUCAACUGGUUCGGCGAUCAUGUAUACGGAAUGUAGCAUCGGAGGAACAUAGAGAGUUUCGAAUAGCAUCAUCGAACCAGGCGAAAAACAGAAAUUUUCAUCAUCACUUGCUGUUUAUUUAGGCUAAGUGGUGAGUCUUUUCUUUAGCCUAUUCUGUUGUAUCAUUCUUGUUUAAGGUUUAAUUGUACAAAGCACACAUUUUUAUUAUGCUCAAACCCACCAUUUUUA